UGACGUUCAUCAAAAGUAAACCUACUGGCGAACGAGAAAUCUCUGAAAGCAACCCAUGAACAUUAAGCCAGUCUGAACUUGGAAAGAAAAGAAAACAAGAUCUUCAUUUGGGACGUCCAGUAUCUCACUGCAACGUGAACUAAACGAUAAGACUGUCCUACAAUCUUCCUCCGGACACAAUGGCUGACCAUGAGAUAUUUGAUGACCCAGAGAAGCUGAAGAGGGGUCUAGUGAAGGUUCUGGAAUGUGUGGCCACCAUCUCAUCUGCAGCAGCGGUGGUCAAUCCCAUCUUCGGCGUGGCUGGUUCUCUCAUCCGGGUGGUGCUGCACCACGUGGACGAUGAAGACAUUCAGAAACUCAGACGUGAGUUUGGCAGCGUGAAUCGAGCCCUGGACGAAAUCUCACAGCAGAACCGUCAAGCCCUGCUGCAAAUCCGGAAGGAAACGGUGGACAAACAGUACCACGAGGUAGAAGAAAACAUUCGCAAUCAGUUCCGCAAAUUCAUGGAGAUCGUGGAGGCCAAACCUGAGCAAGUGCAACGCAAGAAGGAUGAUUUCGUAGAGAGUUUCAUCAAUGAUAAAGAUGACCAGAACAUGUACACGCUUUACGAAGGCGUGAUGGGGAAGCGCAAACUCUUCAGCCAGCCCAUCCUAGACGUCUACAUGAAGCAUUCACAGGGUGACCAGCGCGUCAUGGAAAACCUCUGCACUCGACUCGCGUACCUGUUCUGCAUCGGUUUCAUCGCUCUGAUGGGCUACUACGGCAUCCUGGGGGAUGAUCUGGAAUCCCGAAACGAAGAGUGGGAAGAGAAUAUGAGGAACGUGCAGGAGAAAAUGCAGGAGGUGCUGAGGAGAUGCAAGUGAUCGGGAAACCUUUCUGCACAACCACGCUCUUUAUUGUCUUCGUGCUUUGCCUGUUUUCUCUUACUCUAAUAGAUUUCAUCAACCUGCAGUAGUAUCUUCCUGAUGAUCGCAGGUCAUGCUGAAGUGUACACAAUCAUUUCCUCUAAUCUAGUUGUUUUUUGUUUGUAUUUUUAAUCACACAAUCACAUUUCUUCAUGCCUUGCACCAGUUUAACACUACAUGACAAAGAUAUUUCACACUAAUCUACAGAAUGCUGGUUGUGGUUAUAUAAAUAUUAUAAGCAUUCGUAAGCAGUGUCAUCUUGGAAAUUGUUUUAAAAGCUUCAAGACUACAUGAUGAACAACUUGUUUCCUGAAUAAAUACAAAGUAUAUACAGUUAUAAAAUAUAAUCUAUAAAAUAUAAUCUAUCUAUCUAUCUAUCUAUCUAUCUAUCUAUCUAUCUAUCUAUCUAUCCAUAAAUGUUGCAAAAUAAAGAGCAUACAAUUUACUAUCUGUGCAUACUAAGAUUGAAAUUUCUCUCUGAAAUGUUCAUGUUUAUGCAGCUUUUUGGCACAUUAGUUACAGAUUUUAGUGUGCAUUUAAUUGUAUCCUGUGUGUCUUAAAUUUUUUUUUUAAUGCCAAUAGAACAGAUUAUCAGAGCGUAUAUUUUAAUAUGAGAGGUGAAAUCUAAACUGAAGGUUAUUUUUUGCAUUCCUUUGGCCCUUUUGUUUUGCAUAAAUUAAAAGAUAAUACUUGAUGUACAGUGCUACAUGUUUAGUCUGACAUGACUGAACUUCAUCUAGAUAAUCGUGUUUGUUUCACAUUCGUUUAUCCAUGAAGCACUGCAAUAUACAUAAAUGUAACUAAAUGAUGUGUUUGUGUGCUUUUUGAAUGUCUCAUGGAUUGGAACACUAUACCUUCCUAAUCAUUAUUAAAUUACUUUUUUUUUUUUAACUCUUUGGAAUGCCAAUGUACUUAUAACGCUGUACAACAUUGUUACAUUUUUCAAUAAAGACACAAGGAAUGAAAAUAA